ACGACGAUCAUCUUAUCGCCGUUGUCUCAACGUCGUCUACGCCGCCCCUGCGCGCCGCCUAACGAUCUGACCAUUACGUCACAUUCACGUUAACAAGAAUGCGAUCUCUCAUCCCAGCUGUUCUAUUUUUUGGUCUCAUCGGAGGAAUUUUUGGAGACUAUCUGGACAUCAAUCAAUGCUUCAAAGAGUUACCGGACUACGAACUCACGGUCGAUACAACGGGAGUCGAAGCCGUAGAGUUCAAGGAUGACUGUUUACGUGCAUGUUUGCGCAGUCAACUGCGAGGAAAGGCAUGUGCCGGCGUUGAACAUCGCGCCAAGGACAACGACUGUAUACUAUCAAACCGAACGGGAGUGCGACGUGUACCCGGUGCUAAAAAGAAAGGAAGCUACUACGAAAACGUAUGCGCACAGGCUCCAGGUUAG